AUACCACCCGCAACAGCCAGAAAAAAGUGGACAGCAGAGAGAGGUGCAAAAUUGCAUUGAAAAGCAUUUGGGAAAACAAUAACAGGAACCCUAGACGAGUGUGACCUCUACUAGGGAGCAUAUGGCCCAAGAAGAAAAACCUACUCUUGAACUCUUUGUCAAGGCCAGCAGUGAUGCUGAAGGUGUGGGUAACUGUCCUUUCUCUCAGAGACUCUUCAUGAUUCUCUGGUUAAAAGGAGCUAAGUUUAUAGUCAGCACUGUAGACACAAAGAGACCACAGUGUAAGCUAAAGGACCUGGCUCCAGGUUCUCAACCUCCAUUCCUGAGGGUUAAUGAUGACAUCAAAACUGACGUUAACAAGAUUGAGGAGUUCCUGGAAGACACAUUAGCGCCACCCGAAUACCCCAAAUUGUGCUGUCGAUACAAGGAGUCCCUGUCUGUUGGAGAAGAUAUCUUUCGCAAUUUCUCAUCAUAUAUAAAGAAUGACAAGCCCGGAUUAAAUCCAAGGUUAGAGAAGAAAUUCCUGGCAACAUUGGUGAAACUCAAUAUUUACCUUGAGACGCCACUUCCUUAUGAAUUGGACAAGAGCCCGAACGCCACAGAGUCUUCACGUCUCUACCUCGAUGGAGACUCUCUCACUUUAGCCGACUGUAACCUGCUUCCCAAACUCAACAUUGUCAAGGUGGUGUGCAAGAAGUAUCGUGAUUUUGGAAUUCCUGCAUAUCUGAAAGGCCUCAAACGUUAUCUGGACAACGCCUACAAACAGGAUCCGUUUCGUUGUACUUGUCCAAAUGAUACAGAGAUCAAUAAUGCAUAUGAAUCCGUAGCCAAGUACCUCAAGGAAGAGAUUUAAUGAACAAAGAGUUAUUCAUGGUGCUUUUACAGUAUAGUAACCCUGGAUAUUCUUUUAAAAACAAAUAUGAAAAGGUAGCAUUGCAACAGAUGUGAGGUGAUCAACAUUUGACAUGGCUUUGGAAUUUUUGAUUACUCACUUCAUGAAAUUGGAGCUGAUUUUUAAAAUUGCUGCCCCAAACUGUCGUUCAGCAAUAGUUUGAAAAGCUUUAUGUUCAUACUACUGCACAAUUUACAUUUUUCAUAGCACGUUUCUCAAAACAGAAUCCUCUUACUACCACCGUUGAUCAAAAAUAAUGAACUAUUUUUACCAUGAAUUCAUGCAAAGUUAGGUGAAGUCCAUCAGCCUUGGAUCAAGAAAACAUUUAAAUCUAUACAACGUUCCUUUGCAGCCAGCCGAAUAGCCGUUUUCUUAUGUGGUGUAUUUGCAGGGUUUCUCGCUGCAUGGUUUUGCAAGUUUUGAGAAACGUACCAUUGACAGUGUAAAUUGUAUUACAUGUUAAAGCAGUGUGAUGGCUAUAAAACUUGGGCUAAAUUGCAGACAAGGACAGAAAACUGAAGGAUAUGGUCACAAUAUCGCAAGUUAUCAACAACUGAUAGCCUCACAUCUGUCUGAGCAAUACAUAAAAUAGAAGGAAGUUUGUCUUUGACAGCUGCCACAUUGUUCGAUUAAGAUUAAAAUUGUCAAUUUAACUCCACGCAUUUAAUUUUAACCCCUUGAUGCCAAAAUUUAAAAUACAGAAUUUUAAAUCUUCCACAUGGGGUUUUUCCUUUCAAAUAAAUGCUGAAUCAAGUUGAGAAUGUUAAUAAAGACACACAAUAAUAAUAAAAUGGAAUAAUCAAUAAAAAUAGAAAUGAAAGUAAAAUACAUUUAAUUUAUGUACGACGCAAAUUAGGAACAACAGGCAUCGAUAGUGAAAAGCACUGAGGCUUGUUUGAUCUGGAAUGUAAUUCGCGAGUCGCGACAAUAGGCAUCAAAGUUUUAAAUGUCUUAUGUACACACUACAGUAAUUGUGUCAUAUUGUGUUAUGGCUGUGGACCUCCUGCACAAAAGAAAAUGGAAGCACCGACAUUCCUUUAGCGACAAAAUUUACAUGUGCGCACCCACAUAUUACUAUUUGAAAAUGUAUCUACUGUAUGUAUUAGACAUUUACUUUAUGUAAACUGCAAUUAUUGCAUUCAUAUACAUAAAUCUUAAAACUUAAUAUACUGAUAUUUCAUUGAAACAUUGUUUUUUAUUUUAUUUACAGCAUAUUUUCCUUGGAAUUUUUGCACAUAGCCUUCUGGACAAAAAGCAAUACCUCUUAUAUAAAGUACAUAGCUUUUAGCAGUAAUUGCAUUCUUAAUUAAUGUUAUAUGUAUUCUAUUGUCUUCAUGUCUCCCCAGUCUGUAUCCUAUAUAAACUAUAAAUAAAGAGCAGA